AUCCUAUCAGCACAAAACUGCAUGCAGUGAUAUACAGUAGUACAUCCCACAGCUGCCAGCAGAGGGAAUCGGGCUCCUUGUAUUUGCUUUCAAGCAGGCAGGCAGUCGACAGAUCAAAGGCAGGCAGGCAGGCAGACUGUUUCAUUGCUCCUUCUGCUAGGAAAUACUGCAGCCUUCUGACUGCGUCUGUGGAUCUCACGGGAGAGGCUGCUCAAGACCCUCCUACCGGCUGGGAAGGAGGUGGUCCGAAUGAAAGACAAGGCCAGCCCUAAACACCAUGCCACUGUGUGAAGGAGACAGCAGCGACUAGGCUGGGAAGGCUACAGGGAGGAGUAAAAAAAAGAAACAGGAGAAGAAGAAGCUUGGCUGCAGUGAUUUGUAUUUAAUUGGUCUGGACUAUUGGUGUUCUGUCUUCCUCGUUCCACUAACUAACUGGAGUUUAUAUCUAUUUUUUACAUUUCUGCAACAACUGCCACUACUACUACUGUUGCUAUCCCUGAUUUGUUACUGGUUUCUGUAUCUGCCCGUGUGCAUGUGGAUCUGCUAAAAGCAUACAGUACAGCCUUGUACUGCUUUCUGGGACCAGAAUACAGAGGAAUUAAACAGAGCUUGGGGCUGAGGAAAGAAAGAAAGAAAGAAAAAAAGAAAGAAAGAAAGAAAGACGGCUGUAAAUGAAUUGAACCCCCCCCCCCCUUUUUUUAUCUUCUCGUCCUUAUUGCCAUCAACUCCGUGUUCCCAACUGAAGUAAAAAUCUCAGAAAUCAAAGAAGUCCCGGUCGCCUCUUCAGUCAUUCUACACUGUGAGGAAUAGUGGUUUAAAAAGAAGAGCCUAGGUUACUAGACACUGUCAGCGAGUUCACUGCGACGGAGAUAGAGAUUCCAGCUACAUGGGCAAACGUUUGGAACAGCAACCAAUGUACCCUCAGUACACAUACUAUUACCCUCACUAUCUCCAGACCAAGCAGUCCUAUGCACCAGCUCCUUACCCCAUGGCUCCCCCCAGUCCCAGCACAAACAGCAGUAACAACAGCAGCUGCAACAGCACUGGAGAGCAGCUGAGCAAAACCAACCUGUACAUCCGAGGCCUUCCGCCCGGCACCACUGACCAGGACCUCAUCAAACUCUGCCAGCCAUAUGGGAAAAUAGUGUCAACAAAGGCCAUCCUAGACAAAAACACAAAUCAGUGCAAAGGUUAUGGCUUUGUAGAUUUCGACAGCCCGGCAGCAGCACAGAAAGCAGUGACCUCUCUCAAAGCCAAUGGAGUGCAGGCGCAGAUGGCAAAGCAACAAGAACAGGACCCCACAAACCUGUACAUUUCCAAUCUCCCCAUUUCUAUGGACGAGCAGGAGCUGGAGAACAUGCUCAAGCCUUUCGGUCACGUAAUUUCCACAAGGAUAUUGAGGGAUGCCAACGGGGUUAGCAGAGGGGUCGGGUUUGCCAGAAUGGAGUCCACUGAAAAAUGUGAAGUAGUAAUUCAACAUUUUAAUGGAAAAUACCUGAAAACACCACCAGGUGUACCAGCCCCCAGCGAGCCUUUGCUGUGCAAAUUCGCAGACGGAGGGCAAAAGAAACGACAAAAUCAAAGCAAAUACCCCCAGAAUGGAAGGUCAUGGCCCAGAGAAGGAGAGACUGGCAUGGCUUUAACAUAUGACCCUACAGCUGCUAUGCAGAAUGGAUUUUAUUCGUCACCAUACAGUAUUGCAACAAAUCGAAUGAUUGCACAGACAUCAAUCACCCCAUUCAUUGCUGCUUCUCCUGUUUCAACAUAUCAGGUCCAGAGCACCUCAUGGAUGCCUCAUCAAUCCUAUGUUAUGCAACCAACAGGUGCUAUGAUAACGCCAGCAAUGGACCACACCAUGUCAAUGCCGCCAGCCAGUAUGAUGGGUCCUCUCACUCAACAGAUGAAUCAUCUCUCUUUGGGUACAACAGGAACAUACAUGACUGCUGCUGCCGCUGCAUCUAUGCAAGGGACGUACAUUCCCCAGUACACUCCUGUGCCUCCGAACGCUGUCCCUGUUGAAGGAGUUGUUACCGAUGCCUCUCCACAGACAGUAGCACCUUCAUCACAGGACACCAGUGGACAACAACAACAGAUACAGGUGGAAAGCACCAAUGAACAUGCACCUGCCUAUACGUACCAACAGUCGAAAUAAUAACAGGAUUGAAGAAUGUUCCUCUGAAAGCAUUGCCUUGAAACCAGGAAACUGCACUGAAGAAGAAGAGGAAGAAGGCUUCCAGUUUGCACAGGCACCAAAAUAAAUACUUUUUCAUUUCGUAUCUUGCCCAAUGAAAAAUGUUGUAACGUGCCGUGCAAAAAGGGGGCUCAGUUAUGUAGUAUGACAGCUUUGUUUAACGUCAGCCAGCAAGAGGCUUUGAAUUUUUCAUCAAGAAAUGUCUUCAAUUAAAAAAAAAAAAAAAAAAUCAUUUGUAUGUGCAGAUAGGUUUCGGCAAUGAUGAGAUUUCUGAAUUGAGAGAGGAAGUUUAAAAAAAAAAAAAAAAAAAACAAGGUUGUCUUCCUCAGAUAUUAAGCUACUGUUUCUUUUCUUUCUUUUUAUUUCUUGUGUUUAUUUGUAUUUUUUAAAAAAAAGUUUUUUCUUGAAUCUUUAUUGCCUUAAUUUUAAGGACGUCAGACAGAGUGAGCAGUUCAGCAUCUUGUUAGAGAAAAAAUUGAAUGAAAGUCGCUUGGACCAAUUGAAUGGUGCAAGAUAGUAAUAGAUGGAAGAGCUGGGAAAAGAAAACAACUAUUAAAUAAGCUGUAUAGAUUUAAUAGACAUUUUUUUCUUCUUUUGAAGAAAACGUUCUUGAUUUAUGAGCAGUGGCAACUGAAAACUUUUGGAAAAUGAGAAUGCUGAGACGUAUUUGAUUUCCGUCUUUGAUGAGAACAGGAGAAAAAGAAACUGAAGGCUAGGAGUAUUUUACAGUGCGAAAAAAUGAAACACUGCAUCAUAGGAAAUGCAGUUAGUCUAUUGCAAAAUGCAGAUUUUUUUUAAUUUUACACUGCGAAAACGCUAUUGACAGCUUUAGUGCUUUUUAUCUGCAGUCUUUUUUUAUGAGCUUUUAAGAAGUUUUUAGUCUGCUUUGCUUGUCACGUCGCAAAAAAAAAUAAAAAUAAAAUAAAAUAAAAUAAAUAAUAAUAGCAGUGCAAAACUACAUAGAUAGGAGCUUAUGGUUAAACCAAUUAGUGCAAAAGCAAUAGAUAGAAGAAAUUGUUGACAAUUUCUGUAGUCUUUCAUAGUUGUUGAUCAAAUGCAGCCUAUGGAUGGCCUAUUUUAUACCAAAGAUGAAGUGACACCCUAACGCAGUUGAGGAGAUUUUUCAGUUGUUUUGUUUUUUUUUAAUCUUUAUUUGACCUACAUGGCCGGACCAGUUCUUACUUUCGUUUCAUGGUUUAAACUAUCUUCCACUGGUGUCCAAUAACACACACACGCACACACACAGACAAAAUUAUCACAAAACACAGAAGAAAAUGAAUUACUAUCGAACACAUACUUAUGUCUCAUUGCUCCAUGGAGAAUCAACAGGUUUUUUUUUCAUGCAUCAAACAGCCACUCAAAGACAUCAUGUUCAUUUUGUGUCUUCCUCUACACCCGUGUAUUUAAAUUGUAUGUCCACCUACCUCCACCAGCUCAAAUAGAGAUGAGAUUUUCCAAAAUGGAGCAGGGUCACGCCAGAGAUACCUUUUCGAAAAAUGAUAAAAUACGCUAUUUUAGUCGUAUUUUAUUGGAAAUAGAUAUUUUCCACAUUAUUAUUUUUUAAUGCUUAUUGUUAAUUUCUUCAUAAUCAAAUACAAACAAAAUGUUGCUUUGAAAUUACAGAUUAUUAACCAUGUAGGAUCAUUCAAAUACAAUUGAAUUCGUAGCAUGUAAAAUAUAAUAUUAAUAAUACAAUAAACACGCCUUCAAAAUAAAGGUAAUGAUAAACCCAAAACAGGAAUUCACCAUGAAUUCAUCAUUGUCAGGAACAGGCACAGUGUGGAUAAAAUGAAUAAGUAUUGAAUGCAUCAUUAAGCACCCCCUGCAGCAUAACUCUGUCAGUGACCUUAGCAUUGACUUCUGUCUGUUUCUUUUAAAUAAAAUUAAAGUUUGAUAUUUCUAAAUCUACUCUAGGCUGUAAAAGAUGUCAACAACUUUCAUAAAUAUAAAUAUGGGCACAGUGGGCAAUAUUAACGAAAACAGACUUUUGAGUUAAUAUUGCCCACUGUGCCCAUAUUUGGUACACAGCUGUAUUCUAUACUUAUCUCAAUUCCAAAGUGAUGGCUUCCAAUCAUUUCUCAUAAACCAUUGAAGAUUCAGAUUUGUUACGUUAAAUAAAUACCACAGGGAAAAUGUGGCAUUGACUUAGCUUGCUCUCUAAACUAAUGUCACUGCCAAUGUUGCAUUUCAGUAGUUCAGCACAGCUGUAUUCUAUGAUUCUCUCUUGAAUGACCUUGUUUAGAAUUGUGUAGUGAGGCACCACAAGCUAUCUUUGUAAGGUGCUUCACAAAACAGUCAGCACAGGUAACUAGCUUGAACUAUGCUGAGGGUGGAGCAGGAUGCUAUUGCUUGGUGAAAAGACCCUCGGCUUUAAAAAAUAAGUAAAAUGAUUUCUUUCUAAAGCUAAAGCUUGUUUGAUUUCAUACACAGAUCAGCAGUUUAAUUGAUGUGUUUGAAUCAUGGUUACAGUGUUGUAGAAGCAGGAUUAUGGGUGUCUGCCUAAAUAUCACCACACCUUUUUAACUUUGGGAUGCACACUUCAUUUUCUGGUUAUUCUGGAAUGCUUAGCUAUAUUUCAUUGUGGUGUUGCAAAGCAUGAAAGAAAAUAAAUGUGAAGUGGUCUGCAUCUGAAUAGCGCAAUCAAUCACGCAUAGCCCAAGGCUUAUCUAAAAGUGAAAAAACCUGACUGUUACUAAUUAUUUUUAGAAUGUAUUUUAAUAAUAGAUUUGGACUGUCUGUUGACAAAAGUGAAUACUCAAAUGUACUUGGCUACACGUUUCAGGUAUCCAACAGUUAAUUUAAACCUAUACAGUCUUCAUUUAAAGGAUCAUCAAUCCCGAAUACCCAUUCCCAGGGUUUUCUUUGUUCAGUCCACUAUCAAAUUGGGUAAAAACGCACCAAGUUUCAUCAUUUCAGUAUCAGUUUAAAUAAACCAGGUUUUUUCAUAUUGUUUUUUUUUUUCUUUUCCUGCAAGGCAAUCCUAAUUAUCGAUGUAAUGCUGCAGUCCCCCAGUUCUUGCACUUGUCAUAUUUUGAGAAACUUGUACCUGUCUUUAGUCGAUAGAGUAGAAUCCAUUUUAUUUGAACUCCUCUCCUGAAUUCUACUGGGAGACUGCCCACAAGGCCAAAUCUUUUUUCAUGUCUAAAAGGUGUUCUUCUGUAAUUGGCCCAAUUUAUCUUUUUUUCCCCAUCUGUACUAUUAAACUGGGGCUGAUGCUAGUUGUAUCUGUAGUAUAAGGGCCAGUCUGCAACUGGACAAUACUCCAAGUUAAUAUUUCACCAGUAUCUAUCAAUAUAUUGUGCAAUUCUCACUGCUCAGUAUAACAAUAAAGAAACAUUUUCGGUCAUUACAAAAAAGCAAAAUUCCUAAAACAAAAUCACUGAAAAGGGGAAUUGAAAAAACAUAAAUUCUAAGGAAAAUUAAUUGGCAGCCCUCCAUUAUUAUAAUUGUUUUUAUUUUAUUUUUUUGUAGUUUGAGGUUUAACCCUUUGCAUUGGGCUCACUUUGGGUACAGUAACUUCUCUUUGUAGAGUAGGCUUACAGAGUGACAUGGGAAUGAUUUCAAAAUGCUUUCCACUCUAUCCCUUGUGGUACAUGGAAACGAGGCAAAUUUUCACUUUUGAUUCCAGCUUUGCCAAGUGAUACAUACGUUCUUUGUUACAGUAUACCGUUGUCUUUUAUAACCCCUUACCACUUUUAAACUGCUAUAUAAAAAAAAAAUAGAUGGUUUCUCAUUAGAAAUCACAGGCAGAGCCAACGAUUGUGGCUUGAUUUGGUUUAGUCAUUAAAAGCUGUGUAUUUUGAGUUGCUAUCCUGUGUCUUUUGAGGAGGGGGAAAGGGUUCCUGUAGAAUAAAACCAAUGCCAGACUAUCAGUAUUUCACACGGGUGAAGGAAAAGAUGAGGUAUCUCCCUGUUUUCUGGUCUGAAACUAGAACAUGUGUUUGUUUGUUUUUUAUUCUGCCUUUGGAUAUACAAAGCUUACAUGUAUUAGCUGCUAUAAAUUUGUCAGUAUUGUACAACCAGGCACAUAGGGGCAGUGGAUAAGCCACUAUUGCAAUUUAACGCCCCAAGUACAAAAUCCAUCAAUUUGCCACAGCCAACCACUGGAAUUAUAUAUUUUACUCAUAAUCAUCAUUAUGACCCCCGUCAUGACAGUGUAUUUUAAGAAAUUUGAACCCUUAUCCUAAUAUGCGUGGGACAGGUUAACUGCUAAUAUCAUGUGGCUCUCUAAAAUUAAUUUAAACAUAUUUGGGGGGAAGCAAGCUCUUUGGAGUCCUGGGUCUUUAAGGGGGUAUAUAUGGUAAAGUGCCAGGCAAAGAAAGGAGGACACAUGAGGAUAUGAAAUUGUUCCUGUUUUCCUACCAUGUUUUCGUGAACUAAUUUUAGCAGAAAGGUUAGAAAUUAGUGGCUGGUAGAGAUGAUAGUUUUAAUUGUCUUUUGUUCAGAUGGUGUUCUGCAGUUAAGAAAACAAUAAGCAGUAAUUUCUAUUAAUCCGUUACCACAGGUGCGCCACAAAAUAUUUCUGGAAAGGGAUCUAGAAGAGAGCCUGUUAACAGAGGUGGGCCAUGUGUGUUAAGAGGCAUUAAAAGACAGACAGUGUAAAAGAAGGUUAACUGACACAUCUAUUUCAUCAGAAUUCAACAUUAGGAUCCUAAGUGCUAUCAUUUAUCACGUACCCUUGUUAGGAAACGUGUUGCCUAGCAUGAAAAUGGUGCGGUGAGCAGCUGGUCUUCUUAUUACCUUAUUUGAG